GCAGGUACAUAGGCGCAAACUCCCAUCGCUAAAUCAGAAAAGAAUCAACAUUUUGUUUUUGUGUAAAAUUGCAUUUAGCAAUUAAUUGUUGCUAUAAUUAGCAAAUGGCGAACAACCUGGAGUCACGUGUGGUGGAUCUGGACGUGGCCUGCCUGAUCUGCCUGAAUGAGGAGUCCGGCCAUAUCUCCAUUUACAGCCAUGACUUGGAGCCGCCGCACACCCUGAUUGCGGACAUGAUCCGCUGUUGCACCAGCCUGCAACUGGAGAGUUUGCAAAUGCAGCGCUGGCCGGACAAGAUCUGCGAGCAGUGCCACAGUGAAUUGGCAGUCGCCUACCGCUUCUAUGAGAAGUGCGUGCUGAUCGAAAAGCUAUUCCUCACUGCGACAAACAGCUCGCACUCCGUCGAUGCCGACGAAUUGGCCAGAAACCAACAGCUGAAGCUGUAUCUGGAAGAGCACCACGUCAAGCUGCCCGCCAGUUUGAAAAUCAAACGCGUGAACGUGGAUGCAGACACUCCUCUUGCGAGUCGUACGGUGGGUCCAGUGUCAGCGACAAGAUUAAAUGCAGGUGAAAGUUCCAGUACUACAUCCACAACAGCGUAUGGCGCAACUGCAAAUCUUCCCGUGAUAAAGGUGGAGUAUAGUCAGGAGGGCCAGGAAAACACAGACUCCCUGCCCCAGAUACCAGAUGAAUCUAGAUCAAUGGUCAUGUCCCUGGACACCCUCAUCGAAACGGUACCCAUGAAGGAUCAACCGGGCGAUACUUCAGAUCAGGAAUGUGGAAAAAUUCUCAUCCCAAGUCCUUGGGAAUACGACAAUGCCCCAAACCAUUUCUAUGAAAUUACAAUGGAGGAGACGGUGUCGCCUCCUCCUUCACCAACACCACCACCACCACCGCCAUCACGCGCCCCCAACACGAUCCAACGACCCAAUAUAAGCAAAGCGAAAAGGCGCACAGCCAACCGGAACGUGCGCCAAAGAUCUGCACCAACAGCUACUAUCAGCACGCCCUCAACGCGCACAUGAAGCACAUCAAGAAAUCUCUGAUCAUAAAGCAGUAGUUGAUUCCAAAAGGCGGAAGCAGCAGGCCUGGAUGGCCGGCACGUCAUCUCCUUCCAUAUAGUAUUAUAUAUUUAUUUUCGAUUAUUCAAAUGAAGGAAGAGUACGAGGGCGGAAAUUUUUUUUUUUUAGGAAAAACCCGCCACUUAAACCAAGGAAAAGCUUGAUACCGUA